AUAUUUUAUCCAAGGGCCAGUAGGAAACCAUUGAUGUAGGGAGAGACAAUGUGAUCAGAUUUGUGUUUUAGGAAUUAUCGGUUGACAGUUGUAUGGAGGGUACAUUGUAGAGAGUCUUCGAGCAGGGAAACCAGUGAGAGGACCAUUGCAGUAGUAGUUCAGACAAGAGGUAAUGAGAGCUUGUGGAGAGAACAAGAAAAAAUGUGUGUCUCCAAACAUGAGACUGUUUUGGUUUUUAAAAUGACAAGCAACCAAUGUUGUGUUUCUACAUUUAAUUUAAAUGAGCUAAGGACUUUUUAAAAGCAUUUAUUAAGUGCUUACUAAGUAACAGGCAUAUAAUUUCCUAGAUUUUUCUUAAACUAAGAUUAAAAAGGAAAUGAAGGUUGGAGCUAAGGAUUGGUAUGGAAGACCAUUAAUCAUAUUAAAAAGGGAAAGGAAAAUGCGGCAAACUAUACAAUAAUGUUUUUUCUGAAUUUAAAAUUGUACCUCAAAACUGCUUGUGUGAAGUUUAUCGGCCAUAUGAAAUAGAAUCUCAGAGGAGUAAAUAUGUGUAAAUCCUCAAUUUCAUAUCUCUUAUGCUGUAUUAGAUGCUCAUAAUUUGGCAAAAGCUAGAGAAGGGAUAUAGAGGCAGGGAUUAAGGGAUUACUGAGAUAAUAAAGGGAACUAUUUCAUUGCAGAACAAUUUGCUGCCCAUUCUAAUGGACAGAGAACUGGUCCUGGGACUAAAAAGACCCAAGUACCAGAUUUGCCUCUGCCACACAUGACUGUGUGAUCCUGGAAAGGUCACUUAAUUUCUAAGCAUCUUAGGCAACUCUGUUAGGUCGCAGAAAGGUGCUGACAUAACUUUGGUAGAAAGAUGAAAUCACAGAUCUAGUAUCUAUCUCUCUGUCCCAUCACCAACUAUGAUAAAAUGAAAAAAGAUUUGAGAACACAGAAAAGAAAUGAAUAAUAGAAAACCUGUUAGUGUUAAUUUUUUUCAUUGUAAAUCUUUUUGAAUGUCAGAAUGUUUUUUGAAGUGUUAAGUUGUUUGAGGAUGUGUGUGUUUGUGUCAUCAUUGUAUGAGAAGUAGAAAGUGUGUGAAGGGGAGUAAUAUGAAAUAACACUGAACAGAUAGGUGGGUACCAGAUUGUGAAAAGCUUUAAAUGUCAGGCUAUAAGAGUCUGUAUUUUAUCCUCAAGGCAACAACAUUUAUUUUGCCGUGAAGAGCAAAGCAUUCUGGAGUAGGAAUCAGGAGAUCUAGUUUGGUCCCCUAUUUUCUGUGUUAACCUGAGCAAAUCACUUGUACUCUCUGGGCCUUACUGCCAUUGCCUCGGAAAUAGGGAUAAUGAAACUUGUCAUAGCCACCCCAGAGGACUCUUGUAAGGAUCAGAUGAGAAAUGUACUUUGAAUCGAAUUAAGCAUUAUACCAGUGUCAGUUGUUGAUAGUUAUUCUCCUGGAUGGUAUAAUGAUGCCGAGAUUGACAAAAGCUGCUCUUCCUGAAAGUCAGGGUAUAAUGACCUGAUUCAAAUUCAGUUAAUUAUCUUUUACCUGCCUGAACCCCUCUGCCAUUCCCUAUAAUACAUACAGAACCCCCUAUUUCUUUAGUUCCCUCCUUCCAAUACUUGUGGUUGGAUGCAAUAGGUUUCCUUUGGUAUUCUAUGUACUGUCAGACAGCUGUUGUAGCUCACUUACUCCAAGGUGGCUCUGUUUCAGAGGCAAGUGAAACGAUUCCUAUAUAUAGCAUGUAAUAAAAUUUGGGUUGGUUUGGGAGGAAAGGUGCAGAGGCAGACUAAGUUAAUAUUAAUGUAGUAUUGGUACUAAUGACCCCGGACUCAGGAGAGCCAAAUUCACUCGCCUUUGCCUGUGGUAGAAAAAGGGGGGAAAUUUGCUGUGUAAUUGCGGUUUGAUUUCUAUCCCACCUUAUUUCCACUUGCUCAUUAUUUUCUCCAAAAUUCUCCUUGGAGUGCAGACUCUUUUUGUGCCCCUAUCUAAAGACACUUAGAUUUUUAUUUAGGAAGGCUUAAGUUUAAAUCCAGUCGGCAAUUUAAACCCCUCUCUUCCGCUCUCUCUCUCCAGCCCAGUGGCGCAAUUAGAAGGUCAUUUUCCUAGUAGUAGAGUAACUCCCCAAACUGGUAACCUACUUGACAUCCCGAGAGGAAAGAGCACUGGAUGAAUUCUUUGGGAAACUGAGACUGAAUCUCAAAGCAAAAAUCAAGGAUCUAAGCAUCUUUUGUAUUCUGUUUUCUCUUUGCCAGGGAGAAAUUUUUAAAAUUCUUUCACUAGCAGAGAGGCAAAGAACAGGAAUCUUGAGGGAAGAGAAGUGCUGUUCCUUUGAGCCUUUUAUUAGCAAUGGAAAGGGAAAGCCUUGGACCAGAUUUGGUGUCGGUCAGAAACGACUCGGUGGACACCCAGCUUCUCAGACUGUUUGCUGCCUAGCUCCCUUUAGUGACCUUAAUAGGUUGUGAGGCAAAGCACUGCUCUUGGAUAACCCUUCUCUUUUCUUGGAAAAUUCACCCCAUGAAUUCCUUUCCUUUCUUAUGGAAUGUCUUCUUCCAGUAACCCAUGGCCACUUUCCAGGUUGGAAAAGCCAGCCUCUUGUGUCACUAUAUUUGCAAAAUAUCACAAGUAAAUCUCUUCGAAAAAAGAUGCUUCAGGAAGCACCCGGUUCCUUCUGCUAAUAACCACAACCCGUCAUGUGACAUCUGUCCCUUCCCCACUCCGCCUUCCCCCUCCCCCCGAAAAAAAGGAGUAAGUUGAAAUUUAUCUUUUAUAGGGCUUGGUUUACAGUUCUUAGAAGGUGGUAAGGGACUCUUUUGUUGCUUCAGUGUUUUGUGGUUGGGAUUUUUUUUUAAUCUUGUUACUCAGUUAAGACUCGGACUUGCACAAACAGUUAACACAUGCACACGAGGCCAAGAGACCGUUUUGGUUUUCUGCGCUGAUGUUGUUCUUGGCUCGGGAUCAGUUGUGUGAACUUCUGGAGUCCAACUGAAAGAAGACACAGUUCGAUGUGUAAAUCUUCUCCCUCUCCAGCAUCGCCACCCUCCAAUUCCAGGACGUCACUGUUACAAGUGAAAGCAAAAUCCUGUAUCAGCGGCCAUAACCCUGUCAGCAGCAACACAAAGCCAUUCAAAACGCCCAAAGACAAUCUACUUACCUCCAGUAGCAAACAGCACACAGUCUUUUCUUCGAAAGCAUCAAGGGACAAACCAUGUGUUCCUGUUCCUAUAGUCAGUUUAGAGAAAAUUCCUAACCUAGUGAAGUCAGAUGGUGCCAAUGUCAAAAUGAACUCCACCGCCACUCCUCCUGUGACCUCUGCCACCUCUUCCUCUGCUGUGCCUACCCCGCCUUUAGUUAAGCCGGCGUUGAUGUCCAAGCCGGUGCCGCCAUCACCAGAGAAGAUACUCAAUGGCAAAGGAAUCGUAUCUCCCUCAGUAGACAAGAAACACCAAAAUGGCACCAAAAGCAACAAGCCUUACAAGAGACUUUCAGAGAGAGAAUUUGACCCAAAUAAACACUGUGGAGUAUUGGAUCCUGAGACAAAGAAACCUUGCACAAGAUCACUCACCUGCAAGACACAUUCACUUAAUCAUCGGAGGGCAGUCCCUGGCCGGAAAAAGCAAUUUGACAUCCUUCUGGCUGAACACAAAGCUCGGUCCAGGGAAAAAGAAGUUUCUAAAGACAAAGAGCAUCUCCCAUCAUCAACAAGAGAAACACAUCAGAACCAGCCUAUACCAGCACAAGACUCUCUUUUGGGAUCUUUGGUGAAUUCUGGGCCAGAACUGAAAGUAGCAUCUCCUGCAAAAUGCAGACCACCUAAUUCUGUACUUCCUAGACCAUCAUCUGCAAAUAGCAUAAAUAGCAGCACAUCUUCAAAUCACAGUGGAUAUGCAUCAGAACUGCCACUACCCUCAAUUGGAGGAGAUCUAGCCAGCCGGUUAUCCAGUGAUGAAGGGGAAAUGGAUGGGACAGAAGAGACAGAGAAAUUAGAUUGUCAUUAUUCUUCGCAUCAUCCUCGACCUCUUGGGUUUUGUUCAUUUGGGAGUCGCCUCAUGGGACGAGGGUACUACGUGUUUGAUCGGAGAUGGGAUCGCUUUCGAUUUGCGCUAAACUCUAUGGUAGAAAAACACUUGAAUUCACAAAUGUGGAAGAAGAUUCCUCCUGCAGCAGAUAGUCCCAUGCCCUCGCCAGCAACACAUAUCACCACCCCUGUUCCAGCAUCCGUUUUACAGCCUUUCAGCAACCCUAGUGCCGUGUACCUUCCUUCAGCACCCAUCAGCUCAAGAAUCACUUCUUCUUACAUAAUGACAUCAGCCAUGCUCUCAAACGCAGCCUUUGUGACAACGUCGGACACGAGUUCCAUUGUGUCCCACACCACAGCUUUCCCCCAUGUGGCUGCGACGCUAAGCAUCCUGGACCCAACUUUUAAGGCUCCAUCUGCUAUGUCCCCAGUGCCAGCUGUCAUCCCUUCCCCAUCCCACAAGCCAUCCAAAACAAAAACCAGCAAAUCCUCAAAGGUCAAAGACCUGUCUGCCCGUAGUGAUGAGUCUUCGAGUAACAAAAAGCGGAAGCCACAGUCUUCUUCCUCUUCCUCCUCACUAACCUUGCAGACAUCUCCCUCGUCUUCAUUUUCAGGGCCCCACAAAAAGAACUGUGUCUUGAACCCAAGUUCAACAUUGAACUCCUAUCAGGCGACAUCUUCCUAUAACAGUCUGUCUGUGCACAAUACAAACAAUGGAACAAGUCCACUCAGUGCCAAAAUGGAGCCCUCAGGACGAACUUCACUGUCAAGUAGCUCCACAGACUCUGUAAAACACAUGAGCACAGUAGUCAGCAGUAUUGACUCCUGUAACCUGUCAGUGCCCUCCCUGGUCCACCACACAGGGGAUCUGUCCCUGGCCACUCACAAUGCAGUGUCUUCUCUGCCCCUUUCUUUUGAAAAAUCAGAAGGGAAAAAGCGUAAGAAUUCUAGUUCUAGUAACAAAGCCUGUAAAAUCACUAAAUUGCCUGGUAUGAAUAGCGUUCACAAAAAGAGCCCAUCCAGCCUUAUCUCGCCGGUGCCAGAUCCUGCUAACAGCUCCAUCGCUCGGCAGGUUGGAAAAAAUAGCAGUGUAGCUUUGUCACAAUCCAGCCCUUCAAGCACACCCAGCCUGGCCCACAACCGACAGAAGACUGCAAAUCGAACGGGCAGAAUAAGGACUCUUCCAUGAUGAGGAAAGAAACCAACCUAUGAUGUCCAAUUCCCAGCCACCCUAGCCCACCACAGGUGUUAGGGGGUUGGGAAGGGUGGGGCGGGAAGUGAUGGGAGAAGAGGUGACUUUCUGUGUCCUGCAGGGGUCUCUGCCCCAUCUUUUGAAAAUCAAUUUAAGGUUUAAGGAAAAAGUGAAAGAAGAAAAAGUGGAUUUUAUAUUUACUGAAAGCUGGAAUCACGGUUUUAGUUGUUUUUGUUGAUUUAGCUUCACUCCUUCUCUAGCUUCUGAUGUUGCACAGCACCAUCAGUUUCUUAAAAUAAUUCAGAGUAGACAUUCCAGAACCUCGGUUCCUGGUUGGCAUCUUUCUUAAGUCUUGAAGCUCUCACACAUACACUACUUCCUUUGUUUGCUUUCUUUUUUGUUUUCCUCCUCAUUCCCUCACACUUCCCAUUACUCUGUGUCCGGCCUUGUCUUUAUGGACGGAGCUAGGUCUCAGCACGCUCCGGUAACACGACAGAUGAUGGGGGACACUCUGUUUGUGAAGGGUCUGGGCCACAGACCCAUUGCACGGGGAGCCGAUAGGAAUGAGAGGUUGUGUGAAGUUCUUGUUAAUCAGGGUUUUAAGCUGCCCGCUGGGGCAUGAGCCAAAUGCUGAGGGAAAAACUAGGUAUUUCGGUAUCAGCCACACCAAUGUUUCAGGAGAGUUGCUACCAAUGUGGUGAUUUGCCCAACAUCAUUAUCUAGGUGUGAGGUUGGGAAAGAAUAGCUUUGGAAGGUGUAACCAAGGGUUUCUCUCUCAUAGCAGAAGGAGAGGGGAUUUAAAUAUUGAGGGAAAUUGGGGACAAAUGGUCUGAGAGCAGGUACCAUUAAGGGGAUAACACAUCACAUCCCACAUUCCUACAAACUGAGGGAUAGGCAACAGUAAGGGAAACUGCUCAGAUGCCCGAGCCACACACAGCUUGCCCCCACCCAGUUGACUAAGAUAGUUCUGAAUUCUCUUUCUCUGCUUCCAAUUCAGAAAAGCCCAUACUUAGUGUCUGAUAUGCAAGAACCCAAAGUUGUAGGAACCCAAAGUUGUAGGAACCCAUUUGGGAGAGACACAGAAACAAAUUCAGGAUAGGGCAGGGCUCCUGCAUGCUGCUAAAGUUUUCAUGGGUUUACCACUGUAUCCCUCACCUGCAUCAGGUGAAAAACAAACAAAACUAAACCUAACCACAAGAAGGAAGGAGGAGUCUCUAGUGAAGGCACCUGAGGAGGAGGGGUCAGUACCACUUUAACUCGGAUGGACAAACAUAAGCACUUCUCAGCCAACUUCCAUUCUGGCAUACAUCCCUGAGCACAUAGGCCACAGGAGGUACCGCAAGACUACCAAAUCUGCAUGCCCGUCUUGCUUAUUACUCCCAUGUCCUCCACUCCUCCAAAGCUCAAUGUUUGCCAGCCUUAAUGUGACAGGUUAUUCCUCCGUCCCCUCAGGCAAUGGAAUAAGAGAUCCAUCCCACUGUAUAGGAAGAGAGCCAGUUGCAUUAGAGGAAUAGAAGUUAAGCUCCUGAGAAUGUGCUGGCUGGAAUUGUGGAGGAUAGGUGAUGGAAGGUCAAGUGGAAUAGGAAAUGUCCCUGGGGGCCAAUGGGUAAUCAUAGUGCUAGGAAGAAAUUCAGAGCCUUGAAUUAGGAUUUCUUGGGAUUGAUAAUAAAUUUAGUUAAUAAACUAGAUGUUUACUAAUUUCUUUAAUAUUAGACUAAUUUGGGGGGGGGGCUAAGGAAUAGAAAUGCUAUGACGUUUUUGUUACCAAAUUAGACAUUAAUAAUAGCUGCAACUGGGCACAAAAAUGUCCCCUGAAUUCUUCCCUUUACCUUCCCAUCUCCUACCCAAUGAAACUACUACUGUUGGGCUUCAUCACACAACUGGAAUUUGCAAAGAUAAGAAGCGAACUGACUAGUUUGCAUCGAUGGAAUUGCACUGACAGUGUUUCUUAUAGGAUUACUAAAUUUUUUAUAUAUAAAAUAAAGAUUUUUUAAUCAGGAGUUGAUAAUAGGUACCAGGACAUUAGUACAGAGGAUUUCAUUUUUAUUUCUACAGUGUUAAAAGUGCACUUAUAUGCUGAUUUAAUUAUGUCUUGGAGAAAAAGAAGAGACUGCAAAUAGAAGGGAGAUUGUUACUUUUUUCUUUAAAAAAAAAAAGGCUUAAGACAGAUUUUAAGACUUAUAAAUGUUUAAGCAAUUAUAAUAAACAAAGCUAGACCCUUUGAAAAAAGUUUAGAAAAUAUUCUUAAAGUAAAUUUUUAUAGUGUUAAUUUUGUAAUAAUUUAUGUUUUACUAUCUUACAGAGCUAACUGACCAGAAUAGUUUCAGAAACAAUAUGAAACUUAGGAAGGUUUAAGCAAUGUUUAUAUUUUCCAAAUGUUCUUUGAAUUAUGUUUUUAAUGUAUAUUUCUUCAGACUGAAAAGUGUGUACAUAUCUGUUAUUUUUGCACAAUUUUUUUUGUCUUGUUCAGUUUUAGGAGCAGAAGUCUGUUGUGUUGUUGUUUUUUUUUUUUUUAUAAUUUAUUUUAAGUUGUAAAACUUGCAGGAGUUUUUGGGUUUUUUAAAAUCUCAACAACAAAGUAACCCUCUGUGAUUAAUGGACUGUUGCUUCUUCUGGAGGGAAAGCAAAGGUUGUGUGAGAUUCAGUGGCUGCUUCUGAGAAAGAAAGUCUUGACGGUGACUAAAGGAGCAAUUAAUUACCAGUAGUCUGACCGCGUUUUUAGCUCUUUCCACACAUCUUUUCACUGGGAAGCUGGAAUGUCGAGGCUCUCCAUCAAAUGCUGCUUAUAUUCAUCAACUGGCUCUGAACUAAGUGAUGGCAUUUCUGGAAAACUGAGCAUCCUGAAAACCCAUGGAAUCUCUUCCUUCAAACAAAUCAAUGGUUUACUUCCUACUAUAUUAAGAUGCUCAGCCUGGAAAAAGAAAUGGAAAGAAAACAUUUUCUUUUGGGUUCUUAAUGGAGUUAAACUGGACCAGUUUGUAAAGCAUUAUUAGUGUAGCAUCCAUUCAGCCAUUAUUUUUCCAUCAACACUCAUCGACUUUCUUCAGCCGGUCCUGUCACUGCGCACCCCAGUCACCUUCACCUCCAUUUGCCUGAAGAUCUUGUGAUUUGUCUCCAGCAAUAGAGGCUCCGAAGCUUUGGUCGUUCCACAUACGCAAUGCAUAGACCUGUCAGCCAUAAAAAAAAAAGCGACUUGGAUAACUUGUAUGCCUUCUUUUUGUAUCAAUGUACCAAUUGUAAAUAAUGCUGAUCAACCUUUGUAGAGAAUAGUUUAUACAGCAUAUUCUAUUAUUGCUGAUUCUCAGUGAACUAUUGUUUAAAAAAAAAAAGGAAAAAAAAGAAAUUUUUCUAUUUACACCUUAUAUUUUGUUAUGCUGUUGACCCAUGGCACUUUAACAAAACUCUGUGGGUUUUGCAUAGCUGGUCAGUCAUGGGGUAUAUUAAAUACUGUUGUUGCACAGAAAAGAAUUUGCACCUGCUCUAUUGUGCUUUCCUACUACAGAUUUUAGAACCUUUUCCAGAAGACUUUUGAAGAAAGCAUGUCCAAUCAUUCUUAAAAAAAAAUUAUAUGCCAUACUUGUAGAGUGGAUUUCUUUUCUAUGAUCCAUAUUUUGUAACACUAAGUAUUUCCAUUCUUUAUCCCGCACCUUUAUGUAUUAGCACUAUCAGAUAGAAUUCACUCCAUGCUUGUGAUAAUUGUAAGCAGAAUAAAUGUCUAAAGUAGGUGUAAAUAGUAAAUUCUAUGGCUUACAGUUUAAAAAAAAAAAAAGGAAAAACA